AUGUCGUCGACUUCUUCCUCGAGCCUUCCCCUCGCGGCUGCUCCAGCUCCAGCUGUACCAACUUCUUCUUCUCCCUCCUCCUUCUUCUCUACCAAUAUGGCCCCCCGGUCUUCACCUUCACAAUCCUCCCUGUCCUCCUCGGCACGGCUCUCCAAGCCGAGCCAUGUGCAGACCAGCUUUGUGCCCACGACUUCUUACAAUCCACCUUCUGUCCCUGCCUCGGCCGUCAGCGCCUGCUCGGCCACGACUGCCGCGAGCUCUUUCCAGCCCUCGCCAAUUACGUCGCCCGAAAGCACCCAGAUUACCACGAAUGCCUCCUCCAUACAAGGUUCGCCGGACGGCCUGCGCGGCCGCGAGCCAGACUUCUCCCCACCGCCCUUCGAGCUCCCAGAAUCCAUUGUGUCCCGGAAAUCCAGCCAGAGCGCCAUGAGUGACGCGGUGGCGAUAAGCAAGUCCCCAGGGUUGAUUAGGAGGUUAUCCAACCGGGCGACGAAGUUUGCUGGCCGCCGGCGGCAGUCAUCUACUGCUGCUGCUGUUGCAAUGGGUCGGGAUCACAGCACGGGGCCUGUCAUCAUGCGGCGGAGGAGUGACAGUACGAAUACGGCUCCCGAUGGCUCGCGGGGAGGUCCCCCUUUCUCCGACUCGGAUUCGGAAAUCAAUGGGGAGUAUCGAGAGGACUACUAUUAUUACCAGCCAGGCCCAGACGGGAACCGGGACUUUCCUAGCACAACGGCCUCGAUCGGUUCGUCGACUGUUCCAGUUUCCAGUGCUGGCCCAGUGAUCCCAUCUAUAUUACUCCAAGGAACGAACAUGAUAAAAGUAACCAAGAAGAAGAAGAAAUUGCUGAAAUUUGUCCUCGAAAACGAAGCUGCGAAGGUGUCCUGGGAUAAAAACCGGCCCUCGAAGUCUUUUUAUAUUGAUGACAUAAAGGACAUCCGCGUUGGAGCGGAUGCUCGAAACUACCGUCAAGAAUUUGGUGUCUCGGCGGCAGACGAGUCCAAGUUUUUCUCAAUUGUCUAUGCGGUGCCAGACAAAUCGAAAGGCCGCGCUCAAAAGGUGAUGCAUCUGAUUGCAAAUGACGAGGAGACGUUUGAUCUCUGGACCACCACGCUUGAUGCAAUAUCAAAACAUCGGCUAGAUUUGAUGGCCUCGCUAUCCUCAUUCCACGACAAGGCAGUCCGAGCGUGCUGGCGCAAUGAGAUGUGCAAGCUAUUUCAUGAUAGGCCCCACGCGGAAGACGAGGAGGAGAUUGAUAUCGUUGGCGUGGAACGACUUUGCCGCUCUCUCCACAUUCACGGUUCGUCGACCUAUCUUCAUCAUAGGUUCGAUCAGGCAGACGUGUCACGCACCGGACGUCUAAAUUUUACCGAGUUUCAGGACUUUGUGAGGCUGAUGAAGAGGCGAGAGGACGUCAAAUCCAUCUACCAGGAAGUGGCAGCCGAUUGCGGAAAAGGCAUCUCAAUGGACGAAUUCUUUGGUUUCCUCAAAGCCGUUCAACAUGAGGAUGUUGAUGCCGACCGAUGCCAUUGGGAAGGCGUCUUUGCGAAGUUUGCUCGCCGAUCCAAGUCGAGGGAACAGGCACACCAAGAUGCACUCGAGGGUGAAACUCCACGCAUGAACGAAGCAGCGCUGACUAACUACCUCAUCUCGACGUUCAAUCUACCGCUCCGCAGCGCUCCUACGCAGGUCACGUUGGAUCGACCCAUGAAUGAAUAUUACAUCUCCAGCUCGCACAACACCUACUUGCUCGGUCGUCAGGUGGCUGGCCAGUCGAGUGUCGAAGCGUAUAUCUCCGCCCUGAAGCGCGGGUGCAGAUGCGUUGAGGUGGAUUGUUGGAACGGCAAUGAGGCGCCCGUCGUGAUGCACGGUCGAACUCUAACGACUCAAGUCUCCUUUAGGGACGUCAUGUCCACGAUAAGCAAAUAUGCAUUCGUGAAGUCUCAAUAUCCUCUGUGGAUUUCGCUCGAGGUUCACUGCAACCCAGCACAGCAAGCGAUGAUGGCCGACAUCAUCAAAGAAACCUGUGGCGCGAAGUUGGUCACGGAACCGCUCGAUGCGUCAGAGCAGCUCCCUUCUCCAUCACAGUUGAUGAAUCGGAUUCUCAUCAAGGUAAAAAAGCCCCACGCAAUUGAAGAUCCACCAUCGACAGAGCUGCCCUCCGGGCGGAGGCGGGGUGCCAGUUUAGGUUCUCCAUACACUCGUCCUCUGCAACUCGAUAACGGCACCAUUUCAGCCGGUCUUCUACCGCCCGGUGCUUACCCUCCCAGGUCGACCCCAAGGAUAAUUAACCGUGCCCAAUUCAGGUAUGCCGCAAGCGAAGGCCAGGAGAGCUUGAGCAGCAGCAACACUAGUGACAGUGAAAGUUUCACCGAUGAUAUGGCACGGGCAGCAAAGGAAAGCAGCCGAAGGCAUAAGACUAGCAACAUUAUCAAGGUACUCGGCGAACUUGGUGCCUACAGUGCCGGCGUCAAGUUCCAGGGCUUCGACACGCCAGACAGUAAGACGUACAACCAUAUAUUUUCUUUCAUGGAAAAUACAUUCGACAGGCACAGCAGAACUCAAGAAGACAAACGCGCCAUGGUUCGGCAUAAUAUGCGCUAUAUGAUGCGAGUCUACCCCAACGGCUGGCGUGUCCAGUCCGGCAAUUUUGAUCCUCUGAAGUAUUGGCGACGCGGCGUUCAAAUGGCUGCUCUUAACUGGCAGACGUACGAUCUCGGUAUGCAGCUUACUGAUGCAAUGUUCGCUGGCGGCACCGAUCAGCUAGGAUAUGUACUCAAACCGAGCGAUCUCCGAGAGAUCAAGAUGAUUCCUACUGUCCCUGAAGAAGCUGGCGCUGACCACAUCAAGCGAGAGCGAAAGAACGUCAACUUCUCGAUCGAUGUCGUUUCAGCACAACAGUUGAUGCGACCAAAGGGUCUUGCUCCAAACCGAAGCUUCGAUCCCUACAUUGAGGUUGAGGUCUACCAUGCUGAUGACAAGACCAAAGAGAAUAGAGGUGUUGUCGGCGAUGGCGGUUUGGAUGCGUCUGCCAAGGUUGGCUCGUCCGGCCUUGGAACUCCCCACAGGCGACGCACUCAGAUCGUUAGGGAUAAUGGCUUCAACCCGGUUUUCGGAAAGAAGUUCAACUUCGCCCUCACAACGAAAUACCCAGACCUAGUCUUCGUUCGCUGGACCGUUAGGUGCUCAUCAGAUGGCCACAACUACAAUGAUCGAGGGGCAAUUCUAGCCACCUACACAGCAAAGCUCAGCAGUCUCAAGCAAGGAUACCGCACGCUACCGUUGUAUGAUGGUAAUGGGGACCAGUUCUUGUUCUCCACGUUAUUCUGCAACAUCAAGAUCGAGCCAGCCACCAGCAUCUAUGUUCACAGCUCCGAGACAUCGGAAAAGGAAGGCGUCUUUAGAACUAUCCGCCAAACCGUCUUCAACCGCUCUCAGGCGUUCCCCAAAUCAUCUGGAGAUGGCGCCUCUCCAUAA